GGAGACGCCCGCUUGGCGUGGCCCCGGUGGGGGGGGGAGGGCUCGAGGUGUUGUCGGAGUGCGUUCGCGCGUGUCCUCCACGCCCCCUCAACACGCAAGGCGGGGGAGGAGAGAGAACUGGGGAGUACCACCUACAGGGAAACGGGAAAGAUCCCUGCAUGCUUCCCCUGAAAUCAUUUUCAGAGAAAGCUCACCGAAGUAGACAGGCCGACUUGGAAGGCCCUCCCUGCCGGGUUCGGGGGUGGACUGCGCUCCCCAGUAGGGUGCAGCCCCAGCCGGCGGGAGGCCCCCCUCUUGGGAUAUUCUGUUCCCUUAAAAUACACGUCUCGAAUAUUGGUGCCCGAGCCUCGAGGACAACGAAUAAACAGCAUGAAAUGGGUCCACUCUGGCCUCACCCUGGUUGCUAAAAGGAAAACCGAGGAGUAGGUAUGCUGUGAACAGUAUUGGUGACCAUGUGGAAGACCCCGAUGGAGACUCCAGGUUUUCCGAUGUCAUCCUGGCAACAAUUCUGGCUACCAAAUCGGACAUGUGUGGCAAAAAGUUUGAGCUGAAGAUUGAUAACGUCCGUUUUGUGGGACACCCGACUCUGCUGCAGCAUGCCUUUGGGCAGAUCUCCAAGACGGACCCCUCCCCGAAGAGGGAGAUGCCCACCAUGAUCCUCUUUAACGUGGUUUUUGCCUUAAGGGCGACUGCAGACCCCUCAGUGAUCAGCUGCCUGCAUAACCUCUCACGCCGCAUCGCCAUCGUCCUCCAGCACGAGGAGCGCCGCUGCCAGUACCUCACCAGAGAGGCCAAGCUCAUCCUGGCCAUCCAAGACGAGGUCUCCGCCAUGUCCGAGACAACGGAAGGCCCCCAGUCGCCUUUCCUCCACAUCCUUCCGAAGUGCAAGCUGGCCAGAGACCUCAAGGAGGCUUAUGACAGCCUCUGCACCACCGGAGUGGUCCGGCUGCAUAUCAACAACUGGCUGGAAGUGAGCUUCUGCCUGCCGCACAAGAUCCAUUACGUCGCCUCCCACUUUAUCCCCCCGGAAGCCAUCGAGAGGAGCCUGAAAGCCAUUCGACCUUACCACGCCCUGCUGCUGGUCAGGGAUGAGAAAUGCCUCCUCGGCGAGCUCCCCUUGGACUGCUCCCCUGCCCUGGUGCGUGUGAUCAGGACCACCUCUGCUGUGAAGAACCUUCAGCAGCUGGCACAGGAUGCGGACCUCGCCCUGCUCCAGGUGUUCCAGCUGGCUGCACACCUGGUGUACUGGGGGAAAGCCAUCAUCGUCUACCCCCUGUGCGAGAACAAUGUCUACAUGCUGUCCCCCAACGCCAGUGUUUGCCUUUAUUCCCCUUUGGCGGAUGAAUUUUCCUGUCAGUUUCCUGGCCACGAUCUGCCUUCUGUCCUGUCCAAGUUCUCCUUGCCCAUUUCCUUAUCGGAGUUUAAGAGCCCGCUUGCACCCCCAGUGCAGGAGACGCAGCUGAUCCAGAUGGUGGUCUGGAUGCUCCAGCACCGGCUUCUCAUCCAGCUCCACACCUACGCUUGCCUGAUGGUUCCCCCGAAGGAAGAGGACAUCCGAGCCCGAGCAGAAGAGCUGCCCUUUGCUGCUCGCGUGGGCAGCCGGAGCCUCAGCACUCCCAAUGCGCUCAGCUUUGGCUCUCCAACCAGCAGCGAUGACAUGACCCUCACGAGCCCCAGCAUGGACAACUCCAGCGCAGAGCUGCUUCCGGGGGCUGACUCGCCCGUCAACAAGCGCAUGACGGAGAAUCUCCUGACCAGCCUCUCGGAGCACGAGCGGGAAGCCAUUCUCAGUGCCCCAGCAGCCCACAACCCAGAAGACCUGCGUAUGUUUGCAAGGCUCCUGCAUUACUUCCGGGGACGUCAUCACGUGGAGGAGAUCAUGUACAACGAGAACAUCCGCCGCUCCCACCUGCUGAUGCUCUUGGACAAGUUCCGAAGCGUGCUGGUGGUGACCAACCACGAGGACCCAGUCAUCUCCGUCUUCCAGUCCCUCCAGAAGUGAGGAGACCCUGCCUGCUGUCCUGGAUCCCGCCCCAGAACAUGGGGGCAGGAGCCCUGGCCGUCUCUGGGCCGUCCCUGGCCUUGCUGCUACUCCCCCUCUCCGAGACCUGUGUGAGGCAUUGUGGGGGCCCUUUUUCAGAGGAGGAGGCGGGCAGCGCUGCCCAGGCUGUGCCCAUAAACAGCCUCCAUUGCCUGAGCCCAGGCAGAAAGUGUUCUGCCCCUGCUCCUGCUAGCGUUGUGGGCAGGGGGAGACCCGGUGCCCCCCAGCAGGAGUCUGAAAACAGGUGAGCCAGGAGGGCCUUCUCGCGGGCUUCAUAUCACUGUAGAUGCUGCCAGCCUGCUGGUGUACAAUUAAAACACGUUGGGAAGUA